AUGGCCCGUACCAGGUGCAUCUUAACAGCUGUGUCGGGAUUUUAUUUCUGGGAAGCAGCACUUUUGCUCAGUUUGGUUGCUACAAAGGAAACUGACAGUGCACGAUCACGUAGUCCGCCAAUGUCACCAUCUGAUUUUUUGGAUAAAUUAAUGGGAAGAACAUCAGGUUAUGAUGCCAGAAUAAGGCCCAACUUCAAAGGACCACCGGUGAAUGUCACAUGCAAUAUAUUUGUGAACAGCUUUGGAUCUAUUGCUGAAACCACCAUGGAUUACAGACUAAAUAUCUUUUUGAGACAAAAGUGGAAUGACCCACGUCUUGCCUACAGUGAAUAUCCAGACGACUCCUUAGAUUUAGAUCCUUCUAUGUUGGAUUCCAUUUGGAAACCUGAUUUAUUUUUUGCCAAUGAAAAAGGUGCUAAUUUUCAUGAAGUUACAACUGACAAUAAACUUCUAAGAAUCUGGAGAGAUGGGAAUGUUCUAUAUUCCAUAAGACUGACACUAACUCUUUCCUGCCCAAUGGAUCUGAAAAAUUUCCCAAUGGAUGUGCAGACUUGUAUAAUGCAAUUAGAAAGCUUUGGAUACACCAUGAAUGAUCUAAUUUUUGAGUGGCAGGAGAAUGCACCUGUACAAAUAGCAGAUGGCCUCACUCUUCCACAGUUUGUGCUAAAAGAAGAGAAAGAUUUGCGCUACUGCACAAAGCACUAUAAUACAGGAAAAUUCACAUGCAUAGAAGUGCGAUUCCAUCUUGAGAGGCAGAUGGGAUACUACCUAAUUCAGAUGUACAUUCCUAGUCUUUUGAUUGUCAUUCUGUCGUGGGUGUCAUUUUGGAUAAAUAUGGAUGCAGCUCCAGCUAGGGUGGCUUUAGGUAUUACCACUGUACUUACUAUGACAACACAGAGCUCUGGUUCCAGAGCUUCUCUUCCAAAGGUAUCUUAUGUGAAAGCUAUUGAUAUUUGGAUGGCAGUUUGUCUACUCUUUGUGUUUUCUGCUUUAUUGGAAUACGCAGCUGUAAACUUUGUAUCAAGGCAACACAAGGAACUUUUGAGAUUUCGAAGCAAGAGGAAGAAGGAUAGAGAUGAUGAAGUAAGAGAGAGUCACUUCAGUUUUACAGCUUAUGGCAUGGGACAGUGUCUACAAGCAAAAGAUGGUGUGACACCUAAGGGACCAAUAAAUCCUCCUCCUGCUGCAGCAAAAUCACGCGAGGAGAUGAGGAAAAUAUUUAUCGAUAGAGCUAAGAAGAUAGACACAAUAUCUCGGGCUUGCUUUCCUCUAGCCUUUUUGAUUUUCAAUAUAUUUUACUGGAUCAUUUACAAAAUUCUCAGACAUGAGGAUAUUCAUCAACAGCAAGACUAAAGGACUGGAUACUUACUAUACAGGCUGGCAUAUACAGUAAUAAACUAUAAAAUAUGAAGAUUACAGGCUACAUACAAUAAGAUAAAAUGUUUCCAGUGAAAAAAAGCCUCUACAAAUCCUAUGGUAUUCUGUGGGUCUCUUUUUAGUUUAUAAAUCCCUUAAUCGCUGGGUAGUCACUUACAUUUUACCAAAAGGUAAAUGUCUUGUGAAAAUGAAGUGCAGUUCAGUUAAACAUUCCAUUUUUUACAGAUAAAUACAGUUCUAGUUUAUUAUAAUUGUGUUUUACAGCACACAGAAAUGGAAACUGCAUAUUGAAAGAUAUCUAAACUUAAGUCAUAGUCAAGCCAAAAUUUUACUUGAGGAUAUGGAACUUUCGACAAGUAUAGAUAAGAACUUUAACGAAGAGUUGGCAAAGGGUAGGAGGUUCAGAAAUAAACUUAGGUCAUAUAUGGAUAAUGGAUUAAACCAUUAGCUUACAAUUCUUAAGAAAACAAGCCAGUAUUUGAAGAUACCCCUAUUUUAUGACAGGUGUUCAAUUAUCUUAGGUAUGGAAAUCAAGAAAUGUUAGCCUGUUAGUACUGAAUGAAAUAGUAUUAUGAGCCGCUCAUCUAUCUCAGUUCUUACGUUCCUUAGAACAACACAUGAGCUAAAUGACUUUUUCCCACUGGAGAUAAAAUUGUUACUCUUUUGCAUAUAAUCCUAAGAAUCAGCAUCUUCUCACUAUGAAAUAUGACUCUUUUACUAACAGAAAAUCCAUCCAAUAUUACAGCUACAAAAUACUGCCAACUGUUUAUAUACAAUUUUAUUCUGUCAAAACAGUACACAAAAACUUUGUUAUUUUUACUUUGUUCGUUUUAAUAUUUGUUGGUACUAUUUUUAAACUAUUUUACAAAGCAGGGCCAAAUUCUACAACUGUCGGUACAACUUAAUACUAUUUACACACAAGUUUUUUUAACUUUUAAAAUAUAUUGGUACAUUGACUGCCACCUUGUAUUUUUGAGUAGUAAAAAGCUAUAUUCUUGAAGUAAGCUCAAUAUCACUUUUUGUACAAUUACAGAAAAUAUUUAGGGAACAAGCAUAUUGAGUUUGGCAUACAAUACAAAUAAAAACAGCUUUCCUGUGAAUUUUAAUAAAUUGCAAAUGGGCAAAAAGCUUCAAUCAAUCAUUAUCUAAUAAGAUAACAGCCUUAACUUAGGCUUUAUAAAGCUAUACAUCAUAAUUGCAACAAUUAUACUAAAAGCCUUCUUACCUCAUUUGUGUUAAUUCCAAUAUAUAGGUAUAUUUUUUCUUAGAAAUAUUGCAUUAUUUUAAAGAGGAAGGUCAAGUUCUAUAUAGCUAUUUUGUAAGUAAUUGACUGCAUUUUUAGUUUUAAAGAGGAAAAAAAACAACAAGGAAUACAUUUCCUUACUGAGAAUGUAUUUAUUGUCUCUCCAGAUAAUGUAAAUAAAGCAUGACAUUUAGCAACAAGUGUAGCAUGUGCAAAGUUAUAUUUGAUGAGCUGUAACUAUUCACUUCUUGUAAAUGUUUUAUUGUAGAAUGACCAUCUACUGUAUGUAUUCAUUUCAGUGGGAUAUUUUAUAUAUUUUUUUUAUAUUCAACAUUUAGUGCUGUAUUUUGAGAACAGAUUAUCAACAUAUAACUAAUAAGAUGCUUUAAUGUAUACAAAAUGGUUUAUGCUGCACAUUCUAAUACAUGCCAAAAUAUUUCAUCAUGGUGACAUUAUAUAGAAAGAAGAAGUGUAUUUCCUAGCAUAUAUUUUGAUGGGAAAAAUGCAAAAUUACAUAUCAGAAAAACUAAUGAUCUGAAUGCAUUAAUAAAAGAAGGAAUCUACCAAUAUUAUUAAAAUUCAUAACAUAGUUCUGCAUCAUGCAAGACAAUAUGCAGCAACUCCACAAGAUCAUAAAAUAUAUUUGAUAAAUCUGUAAUUAUGAUAAGGAAUUGAACAAGAAGCUAACAUCUAUAAACUGUGGGAACACUCUCAUAACGUACUUAUAGUAUAUUUAAUUCCAGUUAUAGCUUAUCAACAUUUUUUUCCUUGCAUUUCUUCAUGAAGGCUUUGGGUAUUUUAGAAUAUAGAUUAAAUGGUAAGUUUUUCAAUUGUUAUAGAAAUUUUGUAUUUAAAAGGUGUACCUUCUUAGAUAUUGACAAAGAUGUAAAAUGUAUGAGUGCAGAAUAUUAUGUAUUGAAUUAGGUGGGUGGGCGACAUUUAAGAGACUAUCCCUAAUGUGAGAAUGAUUCAAAGUUAUGAAAAGGUAUUGAGAUGGUUCAAAAUCCUUAAUUUAUUUAACAGGAAUAAAAAUUAUCUAGAAAUUGUGAUAUUUAUUUGUAUAGAUAUAAAUAGUAAUACAUAUAUUUGUUAUCACGUCAUUAUGGACCACUAUCUUGAUCCAACAUGAGUUAUGAAUAUUUAUGAUAAGACUACUUUAAGGGCUAAAGCCAUUUACUGCAAGUACGUUUACUAGCUUUAGUGUAAGCGCUUUGAGUCCAACCCUGAGAAAAGUGAAAUGUAAAUUGUUAUUAUUAUUAUAUAUUAGUGUAAGAAAAUAAAUUACAUUCCAUUCAAAAAAAUGGUGGUAUA